AUGCAUAAAAUUAAAUAGACUAAAUAGUGUGCUUAAUGUGAUGCCAUGGAUCCACAAUAUUAAUUAGGAAGUUCAUAUUUCAUUUAUUUAUAGAAUGUGAUCAUCAUUUAUGUUAAAAUUGUUUCAAAUAGAUCUUAAGCAAUACUAUUUAAUCUAAGAAAUCAAAAUUUUAAAUUAAGUGUCCUAUAGAUUCAUGCAAAUAAUAAAUUGAUUUAAAAGAAUUCUUAAAAUAUUUAACAUUACCAAAUACAUGUAAACGUUGUAAUUUAGAGUAACCCUAUACAUGUGGACAAUGUAUUGUAAAAGAAAUAGAAGAAAUUGCAAAAAUUAAUUAUUAUUCAAAAUUACUAAAAUUUGAUACUCUUAUCAAUUUAGAAUCAUAAAAAGAACUUCAUGAAGAAAUCUAAAAAUAUGAAUUAAUUUGUCCUGUUUGUAGAGAAUUUAAUUAAAUUCCAAUAAUAGUUUGUUUAUAAGGACAUGAAAUUUGCAAAGAUUGCUAUUAUAAUAUUAGAAAUAUAGAAGAUGUGAGAUAAGUGUGUCCAAUUUGUAAAUAAGAAUUAUUGUCAGCACCUCCAAAUAGUUUAAGAGCAUAAGUAUUAAUAAAAAAUUUAAGUAUAAAAUGUCCUAAUGAUAAUUGCAAAUAAGUAGUCAAAUAUCCAGAAUUUGUUUAAAAUCAUUAUCGAAAGUGUAUUUCAUUUAUGUAUAUUAUAUAAGGUUGUGAAUAAAAAAUUGAAUGUUAAGAUUGUCAUGAGAAAGUUGAAUAAUUAUUUUAAGAUAUUCAUUAAUCAAAUUAUUGUAUGGGAAGUAUGUGUCCAUUUAAUUGCACAAGAAAAUUAGGAGUAUUCAAAUUAUAUUAUAAAAUAGGAUCAUUAAAAUAAUUUUAUUAUGGAACAUAUAUAAUCAACAAUGAGAUAAAGUGAUGUUGCACAUUCUUUUUUGAUUAGAAUGCAAAUUGUUGAAAAAUUCUUAUUUUAAGGAUCAUUUGGUAGUUGUCCUUAAUGUGACCUUCAAUAUGCUUGGCAAGUGGAUGUUAGAGGUAUCUAAUCGACAUUUUGCUUUUUUUGUUUUCGAUUUACAGGAUGA